AUUAUUGUUUAUUAUGAAAAAGUUUGGUUCUUAAAAACUUGAGGUGAAUUUAUUUUAGUGGUAUUUAUUUUAUUCUUACCCACGCAUUAAUUUAUCUUAAAAUUAUUUUUCAUUGAGUAUUCCGGUUUUGUUGGUCAACUAUGGCUAAAAGAUCCAAUCCGUACUCUGAAGACUUUAUUCAACAAUGUAAAAUGCACGUAGGUCUUAAGCAAUUUAACAACAACGAGGACGGAUUGCAAAAAGUAUACGAAAAAACAUUACAACUACUAUUCCGAGGAGCGAAGAAAAUACAAAAUGAUAUUAUACAGAGUUGUGAUACAGUGCACGUUGAAAGAAAGGAUGGAAUGAAACAACUUUUUAUAGGCAAAGACGGCAGUUUAUUACAUUCUGGGAACAUGAAUAUGCAGAAGAAGGCAGGAACACAUUAUUGUGCAUGUAAUAGGCUUGAGACAAACAUUUGUGCUUAUUGUGAAAUAGCCUUAUGUGCCGUGUGUCAGCACCAGUGUGGUAUCUGCCAACAAUCCUACUGUUCAAAAUGUUCCCUAAUUGGAUCUGAGGGCAAAGAAAUUUGUGUUUCAUGUUACAGAUAAAGUUAUGAAAUAAGCAUUAAAAUAAUAUAUACCUGUUUUUAGGCUUAGUUUAUAAUAAUAGUUAAUGUGAUUAACCCGUGGGCUAAGAGCCUUGUGAAGAGGAUACCCUUUAUUACUGUUUAAGGAAAUAGAAAUUAAACAAUUGCAAGUUAAUAAAUAUACAUCAUCUUUUUAUUAUUUUCAUAUAAAAUACAUGCCAAACCGCAAUCAUAAUCAAACCCAUGUUUUAUAAAAUUGUCACUGACAAGACAUCACAAGUUGUUCAAAAUGUAAAAUAGACAAUGUCAAAAUAGCCUUACUUGUAAAGUUAAGCAAAGUGAGUCAUAAACAAGUUAUUAUACUUUGUUAAAAUUUAAAUUGCAAUUAUUUUUUCAUGUAAAUAGAUAAAACAUAAAAAUGUAUACUACAGAACUAGUAUUGUUUUAAUGAAACUGCACAAAAGUGAUGAUUUAAUGGGGCAACAUAUUGCAACAUUUUAACAUCAAAUAAAGAGAUAUAAUGCAAAAAAUAUUCCAGUAUCAAAGUUGUAAGUAUUGUCUUUUUUACGAAAAAAUGUAAUAAAUGUUCUUUCUUAUAAAUUGUA